AUGGGAGGGCUUGGUCAAAACCUCACUGUGCCUAUAGGAGGGCUUGGUCAAAACUUCACUGUGCCUAUAGGAGGGCUUGGUCAAAACCUCACUGUGCCUAUAGGAGGGCUUGGUCAAAACCUCACUGUGCCUAUAGGAGGGCUUGGUCAAAACCUCACUGUGCCUAUAGGAGGGCUUGGUCAAAACCUCACUGUGCCUAUAGGAGGGCUUGGUCAAAACCUCACUGUGCCUAUAGGAGGGCUUGGUCAAAACCUCACUGUGCCUAUAGGAGGGCUUGGUCAAAACCUCACUGUGCCUAUAGGAGGGCUUGGUCAAAACCUCACUGUGCCUAUAGGAGGGCUUGGUCAAAACCUCACUGUGCCUAUAGGAAGGCUCGGUCUUUAUCGAACUGUACCUAUAGGAAGGCUCGGUCGAAACCUCACUGUGCUUAUAAAAAGUCUCGGAAAGGGGAGCAAAGAGAAGCAUUCAGAAUGGAUUGAAUGA